UCAUUCGGUUGCACGUGAAAAUUACUGUCAAAAUAUACAAAUAUUUGAGAACAUUUUAAAAAUCCUUUUUAUUUAAACAUUUCUUUGCUCAUUUGCUGUAAAAAUUACAAAUAAUUAAAUAUGAAAAAAAGAAAAUCAAGAGGCCCAAUUGCACCAGAAUAUUUAGAAAAUAAAAAAGACGAAGAUAAAGAAAUUAUAGAAAAUCAAGACAACAUGGAAGAAGAUUCUGGUAAUGAUCCUGUAGAACCAACAACUCAAAACGGCAGCGGCACAGAGGAAGGAGAAGAACCAAGUGACAUCGAAAUGGAGCAACUUUCCAAACCAAAGAAGAAGCGAAAAAAGGGAAUCAUCUACGUCUCGAAUUUACCCAAACACAUGAAUGUCACACGAAUUCGAGAAAUUCUAGGUGGCUAUGGACAAAUUGGUCGAGUUUUUUUGCAACCUGAAAAAAUGCCAGUAACUGAAAAACAAAAGAAACGAAAACGUUUAUCUCGUCACUUUACAGAAGGAUGGGUUGAAUUUCUAAGCAAACGAACAGCAAAACAAAUUGUUCAAUUUCUCAAUAAUAAGCAAAUAUCGACGAGAAAAAAAUCACAAUUCUAUGAUUCAUUGUGGAGCAUGAAAUAUCUGCCAAGAUUCAAAUGGGUUCAUCUAACUGAACGUAUGAAUUAUGAGCAAGCUGUUCACAAGCAGCGAUUGAUGACUGAAGUUUCACAGGCUAGAAAAGAGACUUCGUUCUUCCAGAAUAAUUUAGAUCAAAGUGAAUAUAUCAAGAAAAAGAACAAGAUGAAUAAUAAAGAAAAAAAGUCUUCCUAGUUAUCAGAUUGCUAUAUU